AGGUAUGUGAGCGAACGACACCACAUCAUCCAGACGUACCAGCAGAGCCUCAAGCGCACCAAGUGCAUGUACUAUGCAAAGGGUCCAAACGAAUGUCCCUUUGGCACCAGCUGCUUCUACCGCCACGAAAACCCCGACGGCUCAGAGGCACAGGUCAGACUCAGACACUACGACGGCCAGGAAGGCCCUCAGAUCCACCGUGACUACAGGUUAUGGGACUAUUUGGCCCAAGCGGAAGCGCCCGAGUAGUGGAUGCUGCCAAGGCCAAUGACACGAAGUGCUUCAAACGGCACACUCAAUCCUUAGCCCACUCGGUCUGUCACGAAGCCUCGACUGAGUAUCCACGUCUUCCAGGUGAAUAGAAGACAGCGUCGCUGGCCGAUCGAUCUCCUUUGGCGAUGCUGUGAGUAGUGCGCGGGAUCGUUGUGAUGCUUUCUCGGCUCAUAGACUCAGUACAAAGAGUAGAGCCGAUCCAUGGAUGUCAAGCACAUCUUCACAGGUACAUCUAGAUCUAUGGCGACGCUGGCAUAUCAACAAGUGUUCUGAUAAUCGUAAGUGGCGUUGCAGUAGACACACUGUGAUCGGAUUCAGCGUGCCACAUUCAGGUUGCAGUGGGAGAGGCUAUAGUCAUCUCAAAGGACGUGCAGGGUGGUUGUUUAAAUCAGUACACACAUCUGUCUAACGGCCUGUGAGGGAGCCACGUGCGAUGACUGACAUGAAGCCAUCCACCGACAUGCACUAUGUCUGCGCUCGCAUUCCGAAUGGGCUGUGUGGUGUAUUGCAAACUAUGUGUUGCAUUAAUAAAACCCUAAACCCUAAAACACUAUGCGUUGCAUUAAAUAAAACACUAAACCCUAAAACACUAUGCGUU